AAUGAAGUUACAGUCUGACAGGAAACCACAAUUCCCAGGAUGCACUUGAAAUUACCGUGGCCACUGGACGGGGGAAGGGAAGCUGAGAUUGGAGGGAGAAACAGUCAGAAACUGAGUUUUCAGAUAUUGUGUACAUAUGACAGCCCCUCCUGAGGACUCUGGCCACACAAAAACUCUAUCCAUGACCCACAUCUCACUGGACACCUGCACAUCUAACUUUGGACAUGUGCUGCUGUUUCAUGUGAGGCUGAAGACCUAACACAGCUUUGGUGCAAGUAAAGUAAACUGCAGCUUGCAGACGUGCGUACUGGAUUUGUCUUCAGUGCCAAAGUUAUGAAGUGUCUCGGACGGGGAGAGCCCAGCCCUGAAAAGCAAUGUCAUUAUCCAGCUUCUGUGUAUUUCUGAUGGGGUUGAGGAGUGAACCCACUGGCCAAGCAGAUCUGUGGAGGAGAGGAAGGGGGCAGGGUUCCAGGAAACUUGUCUAUUGAUGGAUAGCCAUUUCCUCCUGUCAGCUCUUGUAGACUGAUACCUGCCCAUUCCCCUCAGUGUACACACUCAAGGUUAGACUUUGGAGUGGCUAAUAAAACCAAGCUGCCAUCACACGCACAAUCAUCGCUGGCAGACAGAAAAAGAGGAUAUGAUGUGCUCAACAUGGAUUUCUUCUGCCAGUGACAGUUUAGUGAAAUCAUACUGGUGACUGUGGACGUUGCGUUCUCUGUGUAUAUGAGGCGAAAAGGAGAAAAGCAUAGAUACUUGCAGUCACUACAAAUGUGCACUACAGAAACCAUGGUGGUCCUUGAAUCAGCUCCUCAGCCCAUCUCCGUCCAUGACUUUAGAAGCCUUUAGAGGCCGGGAUCAGGAACACGCUCGCCAGCCCACACACUCAUAUGCAAUGGAAGAAGACAUUGAUGUCACCCACACUGAGGGCCUGAAUGGUUUGUCUCUUGAAUCUAAACCAUUAGACGAUAUCACCAAUGGACACUCCAACCAUAAGCCUGUCAUGAAUGGACUGAUAAUUAGUCAUAAUGUCAAAGACCACACGAACGGCAGCGCACCACUCAGAUCCCUGCCGAUUUCAGCACUGAAGCAGAAUGGUCUUCUGCAGACCCUGGCAGCCGGAGGGGACCAACCUAAGCCUGCAGAGGAAAAUGAGGAGUUGGAAAAGGCCAGAGAGGAGUGGGAGGCUCUGGAGAACGCCCAACCAGCUCUCACUGAGGACUCAAUCCCGACCCCGCUCAUCUCCUUCAAUGAAGCCCUGCAGUACUUCCAGACGACAGACCUCGGGGACUUGCUGAAGAACAUCCAGCCAACCAUUCGCAGGACAGGUCUGGCUGCGAUCACACACUUUCUCUUCGGACCUCCACGGCUGCACAGGGAACUCCUGGAGGAGAGGGAUCUGGUCUUUGCCAUCGCACAGUGCCAUGUGGACAACAGCCAAACAGUCCACAUGCGUGUCCUCCAGACCAUUUAUAAGAGGCUGAUUGGCAGCCGGCUGGACUGUCCUCGCUAUGGGGCGCACUGGGAAAACAUCGGUUUUCAGGGUACUGAUCCAGCCACUGACCUUCGUGGCUCUGGUUUCUUGGGACUGAUGCACACUCUGUACUUUGUGAUGGACCCAGAGACUUUACCGUUGGCCAGAGACAUCUACAAGUUAUCACAACACCCUACCCAGAACUUUCCAUUUUGUGUGAUGUCAAUCAACAUGACCCGCAUCGCUCUGCAAGUGCUCCGUGAGGAAGCCUUGUCGAAGGAGUGCAAUCGUCGCCAGCAAGUGGUUGGUGUGCUGAAUGAGUUCUACGUUGCCACGUAUCUUCACCUGUACCAACUGUGGAAGACCCAACAGAAGACCAUCGCAGACUCUGGCUUUGUACUAAAAGAAGUGGAGCUGUUUGCCAAAAAGAACCCCAAGCAGAUGCUGCGCCGACUAGAGGUCUUCCUGAAAGAGAGGCGGGCAGGUGGAAUCCCCCGUGGGACAUCGCCAGACCCUCAGGCCCAACAGCCCUCGCCCAGUCUGGGGGAACGAGUGGCCAGAGCUGGGACGGGACAGGGAGGCAAGGGAAAGGAGAUGCACUUCACGGGAGUGUGUGAUCUACCGCCAGACAUGGAGGGAGAGGCCAGACUCAUCUAAGCUAGACUCUGUGUGAGUGUUUGUGUGUGUGUGUGUGCGCGAGCAAUCCUGUUUGUGAGAAAAUCUAUUAUGGUAUGUAUGUGUGAGUGGCUUACUCUGAGCUAGAAUCCUACAAGACCCUGAUCUAGGACCUGCUAUCUGAACCCAUUCAAACACUUCCACUCCUUCCACUGAUGCUGGAGUGCUGCACUUUCAUCAGAUUAAGCUUGGGGGUCUUAUAGAGUUAUAUUUGAUUUUUCUCAUUAAUUUUUUAUUUAUUUAUUUUUUAACAGAGAACAUAGUCAAAUAUAAAGAGCUGAUACAGGUCAGAAACACAAAAUGUCACAAAAAUAACAAGAAAGUGAAUGUUUGCAUGUUUCUGUGGAUUUAGUAGCCGAAUCAAUAGCUGCCAAAUUCUUGUGGAUAAGCUCUACCUGCCUAGAAGUCCAAAACGUGUGUCCUUAGCAUCUCUUAGUCACGGUAUGUUAGUAUUGUAAAGGGGGGAGCACGGCACGGAGCGUCUUUUUAAAAGGCUCGGCGUUCUCUUUCGCUCCAAGAUACAGCUCCAUCACACGAGCACGCUAACAGCUCAUAAUGCAAGCUAAGGGCAGCAUUGUUAGGCCUAUUGUUAAGCGCUCUGUUAACUUUAUGGCGAUAAGAGAGUUUCACGCCCUGCUACGGAGCAAACAGAAGCAGGUUUUCUCUCAACGUGAGUGGAGAGCGGCAGAUAGAAAACCUGGAAGAGGUGACAGAAUCUUUGGAGCGGGGAGCAGAAAUUAAUAGGAGAUGCUGUUCUCAAAUAUCGUACACGAUAUACUUUGAAGUCAGCUUGCUUUAACGGUCUGAUCGCUUUGCAUUGUACAUUAGAGCGUGAAUGAAAUAUAUGUCAUGUGAAAGAUGUACAGUAAUGGACACUCAGUCCAGAUAGUUGCUGGUGUACUCGUGGUUUCUGUUGCAAGGGGUCUGAUAGACUAGGUCCAGAGCUCCAACUUAAUGUGGGGAAAUAUAUUUUAAAUAAUUUAAGAAAUAAUUAUAUUAGUCUUUUCUGAAGGGACAGCUAUUGUAACUUCACAGUUAUGUAUAAAAGCACUUCAGAAGUUUGUUAUUAAACUGAUGGCUAAGUGACCGUGAGAAGGAUAUCAACUUUUCGUGGUUAAAGCCAAGGAGACACUUCAUAACAGUCUGUGCGCUUGGCUUGGUCCCAGUUAAAGUCGAAGGUCUGGUAUGAGCUUUCUCUACAUUCCGUUAUAAAGCAUGUGAUUGUCUUUUUAUUUCUUUUUCUUUUUUUGACCAGUUAAGAAUUGGGGUGUGUGUGUGUGUGUGUGUGUGUGUGUGAGAGAGAGAGAUAAAUGAAAUGAAUGAGCUGAUAUUGAUGAAGGGUGCCUCUCCCAGGAGAUGUAUGGUACAGUAUGCAAUCCCAGCUCUUACUCAAUGAUAAUCAAAACGAUAGUGCUGUGUGACGAUAGAAAUCGUUCCUAACUUCAGGGUUUGUGCGCUUGUGCAAGCGAAUGUGUUUGUAUGGACUGUGUAUAUGUGUGUGUCGUAUGACAGGAACUGACUACAGAUGGGGUGCUUUCCUCUGCACACAAUAAGCCAGCUUUACUAAGUACUUGAUCCAUCAAGCUGCAAAGACGGUACAUUUGUCAUUUUAAAAAUGGUACAUAACAUUUUUGAGGACAUGGUUUAUCCUGAAAGGAGACAUCCUUUGGUAUGCUUUUUAAAAAAAACAGAUGUUGGUUCUGGACACGGCUGGUUUCAGCAGCUCUGUAGCCUGGAAUGGGUAGAGCUCCUCAGCAAAGCUGGUCCCCUUCUUUGUGCUAAUGUGAAACCAUCUCCCAUCGUUGUAGUCUCAAUCUGUAGCAUGUUCAGGUAGCACUAGUACUGUAGCAUCCUAUAGCCUCCUCCUCUUCGUAAAGCUUGUUGAUGUCAUGUCUCAGUUACAGUCCGUAGUGUCAAUGAGUGCGCAAACUGUUACUACUAUAGCACAUUUAUUUCAUUAACUCUCCUUCAGUAGACACACAUUUAGGUGGCGGUUUAGGUUUUGGCAAGAUGUCAGAUAGGCUUGACAUGUUAUUGAGCUCAACCUUGUCUUCUUAGAAGGUCAAAAAAUGGUGCCUACAUUCAGUGGAGCCAUAUGGGGGUAGAGUGCUGGUUGGUCCUUGCUUCCUUUUUUUGCUUGUCUUUCAUUUGAGGCACUGUGCCACAGUAGACUUCCUCCACUCACGUAACGCAGUAAACAGAGUUGACCCCCUAAAAUGCUCCAAGGCCUAAUGGAUAUAUACAUAAAAUUACACAGGCAUGUACAUUUUCUGUGUCAACAUCUACUCACAUAGUUGUACUUUGCCAUCUCCCGUUUUCCACCAUAUGACUUCAAAAAUGAGCUGAUGUCGUUUAGCCAGUUGUUUGCGAGUGUUUUGAUUGAACAGGAAAUUUUGCACUGUUGUAGAUAUUUGAUAGUGUGUGAGACGUAUGCAAGAGGAAACGGGCCAUCUUCAAUAGCCAUAAUGUUCAUUAUCGCCCACCUCACUGAAACAGGCUUCGUGGAUUCCGAUUCCCCUCCUCGCUCUAAACUAUUGCACCACGGAUAUGAUCUCUCUCUGAUUUAGUUUUAUUAAAUUUUAAACUGAGGAGCAGUACAGCGUAUGUAAAUCAGGAAGUUUGUAUAUAGAGAAUUAAUGAUUGUAACUGUAUGAUUGUCUGUAGGGCAUUAUACUGAAACACAUUGCUUACCUCAAGACUUGAGACAAAUCUCUCCUUUCUUUCUUCUGAUGUUUGGCCUUCUCAGUCAGACUCUAUCUUUUUUUUUUUAUGUUCCCUUGUACCUAGGCCUUCUCUCAUACCAAUUGGACAUGUUAUAUGAUGUAUAUUCAACACCUGAAGCACUACAUAAUAGCAAACUAACACAAAAGCUGGUCAAUGUUAUGUGUAUUCUAUUUAAAGACACAUUUAUAGACACUAUAUAGGCCCACACAAGCUCUAAUGCACAUCUGCAAAAAAAAAAAAAAAAUCCUUUUUAAAACGAUCUAUAAUUGGCUGAUGUUUACCAUGUUUGAAAUAAGCUGGUUUUGUUGUGGCUUCAGUGAUAGUACAGUAUAACUUUGCUGUGUUUAAGUGUUUGAUGUCAGGAAAACACUCAGUCCACCAAUCCAGUCUUUACAACUACAGUCAGAAACAAACCGUUCAAUAUAUGAUUGUAAAGAUAUAGGCUUGAUUAGCAGUCAUAAUACGGUGUAUGCUUUGACCUUGGUAUAUAUUCAGUAUCCAAUCAAGGCCUGAUUUAUCGUCUCAUAUUACCAAAAGUUAUAUUUUCAGCAGUUGUAAUUGAUCAUAUUCUAAUGCGUUGAUCAUUGUUUGGAAUCUCCUCCGUUGUGAAACCAGAACCAAGAGGAGAAAAAAAUAAACGGGUUCUUGCAGGAUGUCGGAUGCUCUGAGAGGUGUGUUAUGAAGUUCUGCUUCCUGGUGCAGCAGCUCGGCAAAUACAAUCACUUCUCAAGACCCUGCGCUUUAUAUGAAGGUGUUUUACUGUUGCCGUCGUCGUCAUGUCCCUGAGAGCAUUUUAUGACUGUACCUUGAUUGUAGAAGCCCUAUUUUAUACUGAGAGUUAUUUCAGAAUACAGUAUGUGCUGUUGUACAUUAAAUGUAUUGUAUGGAGAAAGCUAAAUAAAUGCUGUUUAAAAACAAA